GCUCGUCGCAUCAUCCCACCCAACCGUGUAUCUGAACCAUCGAGCACAUCCCAACGACCUAGCGAUACAUCCAAGUCAUUUGACAGACUUGCAACUCAUAAUACUUCCCAGGGCCUAUGCGGAUGAUCGUCCCGGGGAGAGCUACAUAGCUGCGUCACCCUGUCGAGCAACCCCUAUUCUCAUCGGGCGUGAGUUACAUCCUUGACCCCGGGUAUACUAGAGGUGGACAUCGCCCAUCAUGCCGGUGAUUCCGGACGAAGAGGUUCUGGCUUUUCUCAAGACGAGAGAAGCCGACCAAGGAAGCCCGCCCACAGAUCCUCUCACCUCGGUGCAUGAAUACCUGAAACAAUCGCCCGUCAGCCCCUCAGAUGGCAAAGUCCACUGGUAUUGCCCCCAAACGGCGAGCCCCGUACACAAACAAGUGGCCACGUACUUGAUCUACUUCUUCGCCUUUAAUCGGACGAGCAUCUCGGCGGAAUGGCAGGAAGGGUUGGAAGAGCUCGUCGAGCGGUGCGAGGGAUGUGCGAGGGGGUUCUGUAGGGCCCGGACGAUAUUCACAGCAAAAUACGUCAACAAGUUCCCACCAGCGACUCGAGUCAACUUUCAAAAGGCGGUAGACAACUGGCAAGCCAAGCAGGUCAUCUCUGCCCUAGAUUCGACAUCACCUUCAGAACCUGGAUCGACGGCCAACUUGUUCGAUAUCAAGCCUUCUUACUUGCAAUUACUGUUCUGUCGGCAUGACGGAGAAGGGGUCUUGGCAAUCCCUCAGAUUCAAGAACGGAUCAAGACGGCCGUCCUGAUGACCCCUGCGGAGAGGAGGAAGAACAAGAAUCUCACACACCUCGGCCUUUGUCCAGGGUACAUCACCUUGUUAUCAGGCCAAGCCUUCGAGCAGGAGACCCUCGAAAUUCGGAACAAGAUCCGUGAAUGGGCGACGGAAACUGUCAGAGGUUGUGCAACCCGGCCAAUCCGGUCGGAAGAAUGGACAGAGCUAGGAAUGGGGACGAUCUGGACGGGUUUGAUGGAUCUAAAAGGCAUCAAGCAGAAAGAAUCAGGCAAGACGGAAGCUUCAUCAACACCUUCGUCGUUCGGGGUGAAUGGGGAGGAGGAAGCGAGGAUGUCGAGCUUGUAUAGGUGGAAAGCGGUCUUGAUCCUCCUGGAGAGCGGGUGUUUGGGACAGGAAGUCAUCGAGAAGAGCGUCAUGAAGUCGGGCAAGGGGAAUCUGAUUGUCACCAUCGCCGGUUCAUUCGGCUCACAGGAUCCAGCGUUUAGUCUCAUGCUACGAGUCUUGGCGGCAGCUCUCAGAGUAUGCCCAAAAGCGUCCUUGUGGACCUCGGCCGACCCCUCGGUCGAGUUCCCACUAUCGAUCGCUGCCAACAUUCAGCAGAAUGAAUUGUAUAUCGAGGUCUUGCGGGCCGCCUGGGACCCGAACUUCCAGCUGGAGGACACCAGCUCGAAAGUCGUACUGGAACUGCUGGAUCUGGGGGCAAGGUCGAAACCUCUCCACACCCAGCCUGGUCGACCCGAAUGGUUUGCUGGGUGGAUGAUCGACUUUCUUGUCUCGGUGCGGGACCUAGACGUCCGCGGGAUUGUGGCGACGAGUACGGACAAGGGCGCAUUUGGGGAAUCGUUGGCGAGGUUGGUUAGCUUCUGUCUCGAAGGCUUGCAGCAUCGACGGUUCGGUACGGCUUUUCGUGCCAAGGCGAUGGACGUCGGGAUCAAGAUCUUGAACAACGUGUUCAUCGACCUCUGCCCCACGCGAUCCAAGGUCGAUCGGGUCCUGCAAGCUGCCAUGCUGAACGCUUUGGAAAUUCAUUCCAGUACGAUCACCGGGAUCGCUCUGGAUCACAAGGAAUACCCAGACGGAGCCGAUUGGGACGUUCCUCGGCAUACAGCCAUCGAUUUCCUUUACAAGGUCUUCAUGUCGGACGGCGACAAUAUCAGGCGGAUCUUGUCUACGAUGGGUCAACAAGCCUUGGACGCGCGCUCCCGUAAAGCGAAGGAUUCGAGCGACUAUUUCCCAAAGAUGCUGUUUGCCACGCAAUUAUGGAAAAAGACGUAUGCGACGGCGACGUCGAGAGAUAUUUACGGCAUCGUCAUCUUGAUGCGUGGAAUGAUGCGAUUCGCUCACCUGCCUACGCCUCGAGGAAACGCUUGGGGCUAUACUGACCUUUCGUUCUGGGAACCCGAAGGGAAAUGGGCGGGAACGAUCACAUCGAUUACGGGCGCUAUGAAGACGAUGAAGAACGGAUUCGGUGACAAGGUGACCACCUUUGUGGCCGUCUCGCCACCAUCGACGCUCAAAGCGCUCUUUGAUACGGCUCGGGUACCGGAAGCCGUGAUAAGGCUACUGCUGUGUUCUGACGACGAUGUUCACGACGCCAUCAUCGGUCUCGUUCAAAACAUCUUUGACCAGGUCGAGGAACGAGUCGAUUGCUUUCGAGCCAUGCUGCUGCAUUUCCCGGCUCAAAGCAUGGUCGCGCUUCAGGAUUACCUCGAACGGUGGAUCCAGGAUGCACAAUCGCUUCCAACGGCUGUCGAGUCCGCUCGAUGGCUCGUCCGUUGUUUUACCGAUAUUCUCGAAGUGCUCUGUAGGCAAAGCGGGGCGGGUAGCGGUCUAGCCUUUCUCAGAGAUCCUGUCUUUCUGGAAAUCAGGACUGCCAAGGGCAAGAUGUCGGACGAGGUAACGGGCUUGUGGAACUGCAUGACGAAGGCCUUGUCUGUCAUCAUCAGGAGGACACCCAGAUGGGCACCCUUUUACGACAAUGAAGAGAUGGUAGACUGGAUGCAGGACGCACUGAUCUUCGGAAGACUGCUGGUCGAGGAGAAUCGAACAUUCGAGGGGGCUGCACAAGGCACGGCUAUCAAUACUGCAGAAUCGCCAGCGAUAGAGGCACCCAACAAGGUUUCGCUCGUGGGCGACCAAAUGAUUGUGCAACUAGAGCAAAUUUUGGACAGCCUGAUGUCUUGGCUGAGACUCACCGAAAUCGAGACGCUUCAUCAAACCUAUGAACUCUUGAAAUCGCUGCUCGAUCGUCUGACAAAAGGCCGAGCGAACCAGUCCAUAUCAGAUAGCCUGAUGAAGUCAUUCAUCACCGUCGACGGAUUCUGCCGAAGAAGCAAACGACACAAGACCAAGCUGAACGAUAGUGAGCUCGCCGAGCUGGCGGUGCUCAUCAAGCCGUUCAUGAAGCCGGAAGACGACUCUGAUGUCGAGUAUGUGUCGAGCUCUGUUGCGGUGCCGACUGUCAAGGGCAAGGAACGGGAGUCCAGCAAGGUCAAGACCAAGACCGACGCAUUCACCAAGCUCAUGCAGAAUGCCGAAAAGGGUGCGUUGCCACAACGAAUUGACGCCAAGACCACGUCCGGAAAGACUACUCCCGCCUCAUCCCCCGUGGUCAUCGACGUGGAUGACUUUGAUGACGACUUUGGCGACGAUUUCCUUGCCGGAUUGGAUGCGGAUACCCUCGAGGAUAUGGAACGUUCCGCGUCAAACCGGGAGGCGCAGAAGAAACUGCAGAAAUCGCAAGGCCACAAGCUGCCCGAUAUGUUAAAAAAGAGUGGUGUACCCGGGUCGAAACCACUCAUCAAGCCUACGCCAAAACCUGUUGCUCCAGUAGUGCGUGGGAGUGGUCUUUUGAGUCAAAUCAGACGCGACGUCGUCGCGGACCAUCGCGGAAAGCAACCCGCAAGACAGAUCGAUCCGGAUAUUUUAAAGAGACUAAACAAACCGACGAUCCCUCCACCGAGAGCCAAGACUCCUUCGGAGACGAGCAGCUCCUCAGAUUCGGACGAAGAGGAUGGAGGCCUGGAAGCCUUGAAACGGUUGCAAAAAGCCUCCGCUGCCAAGACUAAGCUGACGGUAUUGCCCCCACGGGCGAAACUCGUUACCCUGAGCAGACCAGAAAUGAGUCCAGCAGAGCGGCAACGGCUUAACGCCCAGCGUACAAAGGCUCGUCUGAAGCCAGAUAUGACCAUGUUGUGGUCGACAAUGCUCAAGUGGGAUCCUAACCAACGAGAUUUCCCGGACAAACUUCCUACCAAGAUUUCUGGCAAAUUCCGGGACGUCCAAGAGUAUUCAAGGACUUACAUGCCUUUGUUUUUUCGGGAACUCCGGGAUCAGUCCUUGAACGAGAUGUCCGAGUCGAGCGACCCGGUUAGAUUGACCGUUGAAGUUGCCUCGCGCCAACAUACCGACGACUUUAUCGACCUGGAGCUCAGCAUCGUUGGCACAAUCCCGAACAUGUGGUACCUGAACGAGUUCGACACGUGUUUGCUCUCUUUCGAUGGCAAGACAAUACUCGUAAAGGUUCAGUCUUUCAAGAGGAAUGCGCGGAAUGUCACUCUGCAUAUCAGAAUGGAUGUCUCGCGCGACAGUCCCUCGUUGUCUGUCAAGUCCCGAUGCCAGUUACGCAAGCACAUGAAUAUGAGCACCGCGGCACGGGAAUUUGCGGCUCUCAAAGGAUUACCUUUCUAUGAACCGGAAUUGCUGGAUUCAAUCCUCGAAGCGAAACCCACGACCUUGCCCGAGAUCCCACGAGUCACGUGGGAAAAGGCCAUGAUCGCUUACAAUGUCAACGAGCCUCAGGCAAAGGCGAUCAUCGGUUCCAUGAGGGUCAAAGGGUUCGCGCUCAUUCAGGGACCUCCAGGUACAGGAAAGACCAAGACGAUCAGUGGAUUGGCGGGUCGCUUUAUGACGGAACGACCGACCCACAUCAGUCUCCACGGCUCUGGCAAGACUGUGAACGCCAAGCUAUUAAUCUGUGCCCCAAGUAACGCGGCUAUUGACGAGGUCACUCGACGACUCAAGGACGGUGUGCCUACUUCGGAUGGCAAGAUGGUCAUUCCGCAGAUUGUUCGGCUGGGAGCGGAGAGUAGCAUGAAUGCUGCUGUCAAGGAUGUAUCUCUGGACUCGCUCAUCGAGGCUCGCGUCAGUUCGGUCAGGGCCAAGGGAGGGGACAACGACGUUCACAUCAAGCGAGUCGAGCUCGCGCUCGAUGAGAUCCGACAGAAGAGGGAAGCCAAACAAGCAGAGCUAGCGAUGGCUGGUGACGAUGUGGACCGCCGACAACAGAUCGAAUCCGAACUCGCCACGUUGGUGCAGCAAAGGAUCGUCAAGAGCAAGGAGAUGAACAAGUAUCGAGACGCCGCGAGGGACUCGGGUCGACAGCUUGAUGGAGCUCGCCGCGAGGCGCGCGAGAGGAUCUUACAGGAUGCCGAUAUCAUUUGCUCGACCUUGGCAGGAGCCGGUCAUGAUUCGAUUGCCUCGUUCCAGUUCGAGACUGUCAUCAUUGAUGAAGCGGCGCAGUCGGUGGAACCGAGUGCAUUAGUGCCUCUCAAAUAUGGUUGCACGAGGUGUAUCUUGGUAGGAGACCCUCAGCAGUUGCCUCCGACUGUCAUCUCCACAAAGGCGGAAAGUCUCGGUUACAAUCAGUCACUUUUCGUCAGAAUGGUUCAGGGACACCCCGACGCUAUGCAUCUGUUGAGUAUCCAAUAUCGUAUGCAUCCCGAUAUUUCACGACUUCCGUCGCAAGUUUUCUAUGAUGGGAAACUGCAUGACGGCCCCAACAUGGCGAUCAAGACCAAGGCACCAUGGCAUCAGUCUACGGUGUUCGGGACUUAUCGCUUCUACGCUACUGAGGGUAACGAAGUCAAGGCGGGGCGUCAGUCGCUCAAGAAUCCGACAGAGGUGAACGCCGUGGUCAGCCUCUAUCGGGGACUCAAGAACCUCUAUGGCGGCCACGACGCAUUGCUAGGCAAGAUCGGAAUCAUCAGUCCAUACCGAGAGCAAUUCAACGAGCUUAAGCGCAGCUUCAGGCAGAACUUUGGAGAAGCAGCGUUCGAUGAUAUUGACUUUGGUACCAUCGACGGAUUUCAAGGACAGGAGAAGGACAUCAUCAUCCUGUCUACGGUCCGUUCUGGUGAUCACUUGAGCUCGAUUGGGUUCUUGAGGGACGUCAGGCGAAUGAACGUCGCCCUCACUCGUGCCAAGAGCUCCCUCUUUAUCGUUGGUAAUGCCUCCACCCUGGAGAGGGCUGAUGACAAGUGGCGGACAAUAGUCGGUAACGCAAGGGAGCGCGGUUUUCUGGUCAAGUAUCAACAUGGCAUGUUCAUCAAUCCCGCUCGAGACGUUCAGGCCCCAACGGGUCAGCCGGUCGUAACCGAACCGAAAGUCCUCGAUCCCUCGACCGCUACGCGCGACCAUAAGCCGCUGCCCGCAGUAGGCGCAAGGGCAGCUGACGGCGACAUGAUUGCCGGCAAGAGACCGGCAGGAAAAAACAAGCCAGACGACACGUCUAUGCAGCUGGACGAAGGUCCCGAUGUUUCCGCCAGCAAAAGACGCCAGAAGAAGCGCAAGCGACAAGAUGCCGGCGAUACAUCAGACACUGGCAGUUCCUCGAUUGCGAAAUCGGACGGUGCUAACAAGAGCAAAUUCACUUCGAACAAGCCGCCUAAGAAGAAAUCAAUCUCGUCUGCACCUCUCGAUGGCCCACCUGGCAAAAUCAUUGCUACCGCUCAUAGUCGCGAGCCUGCAGCUGUUCCGUCCGCAAAGCCGGCAUCGCCACCUAGGUCGGCGGCACCACCCCCACCUCCACCCCCACCUCCCCGCCGAGCGCCUCCGAAGGGAGAUGGUUUGUUCAUCAAGAAGGCCAAGAACAAAUACCUGAAAAAAUAACGAAACUUUUACGACAUGCAACGACAAGGUUCAUUCAUACAACACUACGAACAGUACAUGUGUUGACGAUAACCGGUGUAGGCAAGGCUCAACUUCCAGUGCUUAGGCAGAUAUAGCC